UUUUAGUACAGCGCUGCAGUUUCAGUGUGCACCAGUGUAGGGACGGAUUGCUAGUAGCAACCUACUGAUAGACAUAUUAUACAGAAUACAUUAUUUUUUUUUAAAGAAAGAAAAUACAUCUCAUAUUUCUUUUCCAAGCGGAUUUAAGAUAUUUUUCACUCUCAAACAUUAAUUGAAUUGCACCGGCCUGUCUAAAACUGGGUGUUCAUUCAGUGUUACGAGGACAGCGGUGAGUUGUAAUAGUGAGUUCCCGAUGGCAGGCUGGAAGGACGGCUCGGUGCAGGAGAAGUAUCGGCUAGUUGUGGUAGGAGGCGGUGGCGUCGGGAAAUCAGCUCUUACUAUCCAAUUCAUCCAGUCUUACUUUGUCACAGAUUAUGACCCGACAAUUGAAGAUUCCUACACAAAGCAGUGUGUGAUAGACGAGAGGGCAGCACGGCUGGACAUCCUAGACACAGCAGGACAGGAAGAGUUUGGAGCCAUGCGAGAACAAUACAUGAGGACAGGAGAGGGUUUCCUUUUGGUUUUCUCUGUCACUGAUAGAGGAAGUUUUGAAGAAAUCUACAAAUUCCAAAGGCAGAUCCUCCGAGUAAAGGACCGUGAUGAAUUUCCCAUGAUCCUAGUUGGUAACAAGGCAGACUUGGAGCACCAGAGACAGGUGACGCAAGAAGAGGGGCAACAGCUAGCAAGGCAACUAAAAGUAACCUACAUGGAAGCCUCUGCAAAAAUCAGAAUGAACGUAGACCAGGCUUUCCAUGAACUGGUUAGAGUUAUAAGCUGUAUCUCCCUACUGGGGGUCAGUGAUCCUCCUUCACCCGGCCUUGGUGACCUUUGACCGACGUCGGAGGUCAUACCUCAAACGAAGGCGGCUCCUGCUGGUCCAGAAGACAAGAUCCUGGGCCAAACAGCCAGUCAUCCCACACUACACUUUACAUCUUACAAUGCUGAGCUUCUGCCUUUGAUCUAAAAAUAGACCACAAGCUAUUUAACUUAAAUUUGAUAAAUCAAUGUUGUUACACAGGCAAAUGAUUUACUAGGAAUCUGUUUUAAAAUGAGGGGAUUUAUUUAACAUGCAUUCAAUCUAAUACGUUUAUAAAAUCAACAGGCAGUGCAGAAUGUCAACAUAAACAAGCAGGCAAUACAGUAAAACAAUUGCAGUCAAUAUUACAUACAAGCUUACGACAAACCAGGCAUUUGAACAACAAUUUAUCAAUGAACUAACAACAGUAACAUUUGAGUAAUUGAUCAAAGCAACUUCUAUUGACUUCACUGUAAGAGAUUCUCUUGUAAUUGCUAAGCUUAAAAACUGUAAGUUGCAUGCAAUUCCGAUGGAAACUCCUUCAUAGCUUAUCUUACACAAAACAAGAACAUUCAGGGUUUCGGCUGUUCAAAUGCAGUGCUGUGCUAAUGAAACAUCUGACUCUGUAUCUUAAGAGAUUCUCCACUAGUACUGCAGACGACAUAGUAUUACUUACAUACACCAUUCUCUAAAAUGACUUCACAAUGAAUACCACAAGUUACCAAAAAUGUAGUAUGAGCUCUAUUUAUAUGGUAAGAUGUCUAUUAUCUAGUCACAUACACAUAUAUAUUUUGCUCUAUUUGUCAUACCCCGACAAGCAUUAGCUUGAUACUUGCGUGUAAUUUCUGUUCGUAUAGUUCAGUUUAGGUAAAGCAGGACAUCUUAAGGGAACCAGAGCCGUGGUACGCCAACUCGAAAGCUUUGCAGCCAUUUUGAAGGGACCAUUUGAGUUGUUAAAACUCGUGUUUUUAAGGGAUUAUCGUGAUUAAUUGGUGGUAGUCAGUGCCUACGCAUCGCAGACUUAAACUAAUUACCGAGAAAACAAAUCUGUCUGCAUAUGAGCUACAAACAAUAGCAGUCAAGCAUGAAAGGCUAUAUUGAUUACUGUUACUGUACUAGAGAUGUAUAGUGCUAUCAUAGAACUCUAAUGGAACUUGCAAUGACUGACUGACUAAAAUUAAACAGAAUAGUUCACAUAAUUUAAAAGCUUACCCUACAUUUAUUUUAUUUUUUCCCCCCACAGAAAGUUUCAGGAGCAAGAAUGCCCGCCCUCUCCAGAACCAACACGCAAAGAAAAGGACAAGAGUGGCUGCCACUGUGUGAUCUUCUGAGAGAUCCUUUCACUUUCAUCUACAACCAGCUGCUGCCACCAGUCCCAACUCCUGCCUUCUGACAUCACAUCCUGGUUCAAUCAGUACUGCCUUUAAUAGCUGUAUGACUUGUAAAAACGGUCACUGUGAGAGCCAUAGUCCAAUAAGCAAGACUGAGGCAACUGAAAAACAACAACACACAA